UGCCGGGGCUGAGCUCGCCGCCAUGGCCGCGCCGGGCGCCGGGGCGUCGGGCUCCGGGGGGCCGUGCCCGCUGUGGACGGCGCUGUACGACUACGAGGCGAGCGGCGAGGACGAGCUGAGCCUGCGGCGGGGCGACGUGGUGGAGGUGCUGUCGCAGGAUGCGGCCGUGUCCGGCGACGACGGGUGGUGGGCGGGCAAGAUCCGGCAGCGGCUCGGCAUCUUCCCCGCCAACUACGUGACCCGGCAGCCCCGCGGAACGGCGGGCGAGGAGCCGGCGGGCAGCCUGACCGAGAUCGACUUCCAGCACCUGGAGCUGCAGGAGAUCAUCGGCGUGGGGGGGUUCGGCAAGGUGUACCGCGCAACCUGGCGCGGCCGCGAGGUGGCCGUGAAGGCGGCGCGGCAGGACCCCGACGAGGACAUCACGGCCACGGCCGAGAGCGUGCGGCAGGAGGCCAAGCUGUUCGCCAUGCUGCGGCACCCCAACAUCAUCGCCCUGCACGGGGUCUGCCUGCGGGAGCCCAACCUCUGCCUCGUCAUGGAGUUCGCCCGCGGCGGCUCCCUCAACCGGGCCCUGGCCGCCGCCGCCGCCUCCUCCGCCGCCGUCCCCGGGGGCCGCCGCAUCCCCCCGCACGUCCUGGUGAACUGGGCGGUGCAGAUCGCCCGCGGCAUGCUCUACCUGCACGACCAGGCCAUCGUCCCCAUCCUGCACCGCGACCUCAAGUCCAGCAACAUUUUGCUGCUAGAGAAGAUGGAACAUGAUGACAUUUGCAAUAAAACUUUGAAGAUUACAGAUUUUGGUCUGGCUAGAGAAUGGCACAGAACAACCAAAAUGAGUGCAGCAGGGACAUACGCAUGGAUGGCUCCAGAAGUUAUCAAAUCCUCCCUGUUUUCUAAAGGAAGUGAUAUUUGGAGUUAUGGAGUGUUGCUGUGGGAACUACUUACAGGAGAAGUUCCUUACCGUGGCAUUGAUGGCCUUGCUGUGGCUUACGGAGUUGCUGUCAAUAAGCUUACUUUGCCCAUUCCAUCCACUUGUCCUGAACCAUUUGCAAAACUAAUGAAAGAAUGCUGGGAACAGGACCCUCAUAUCCGACCAUCAUUUGCCAUAAUUCUUGAACAGCUUACUGCCAUUGAGGGGGCAGUAAUGACUGAAAUGCCUCAAGAAUCUUUCCAUUCCAUGCAAGACGACUGGAAAUUGGAAAUUCAGCAGAUAUUCAAUGAAUUGAGGACCAAGGAAAAAGAGCUUCGAUCACGAGAAGAAGAGCUGACAAGAGCAGCUCUUCAGCAAAAAUCUCAAGAAGAACUGCUUAAACGGCGUGAGCAACAGUUAGCAGAACGUGAGAUUGAUGUAUUGGAGCGUGAACUGAACAUCAUGAUAUUCCAGUUAAAUCAAGAGAAACCUAAUGUAAAGAAGAGAAAGGGCAAAUUUAAAAGAAGCCGGCUAAAACUUAAAGAUGGACACCGAAUUAGUUUGCCUUCAGAUUUCCAGCACAAAAUAACAGUGCAGGCAUCUCCUAAUCUGGAUAAAAGGAGGAGUUUAAACAGUAACAGUUCUAGUCCAUCAAGUAGCCCCACAAUAAUUCCUCGUCUUCGAGCCAUACAGUUAACUUCAGAUGAAAGCAACAAAACUUGGGGAAGGAGCACAACUUACCACCAAGAAGAGUUUGAAGAAGUGAAGAAAAAUUUUAAAAAGAGAGGUUGUACAUGGGGACCAAGUUCAAUUCAAACAAAGGAUCGUGCAGAUUGUAAGGACAAAAUAAGACCCCUUUCAGAUGGCAGCAACCCUUGGUCAACACUUGUAAUGAAAAAUCAGAAGGGUGUUCCUUUGGCUUCACUGUUUGUGGACCAAGAUGUGUGCACUGAUAAGAGACUUCUCUCUGAAAGUUUGGACAGUAGAAGACCAAAGUCAAUUAAGUUGCCAAGUCAGGCCUAUAUUAACCUACCUCUUUGGAAGGAUGAUCAAGGAGAGAAUACAGUAGAACAUGAGAGCUUUGAAGAAGGAACCUCUGCCAGUUCUACAAAUAGUACUCCUCAAAUGACACCUACAAACAGUCUGAGCAGAACACUGCAGAAGAAGAAGACUGAUUCAGUUCUUUAUGGAUGUGCAGUCCUCCUUGCAUCUGUUGCUCUGGGCUUGGAUAUUAGAGAGCUGAACAAAUCACAAGGUCCAGAUGAACUCUUGCCUAAAGAUGAGAAGAAGAAACGUGAUGGAAUAUUUCAGCGUGCUUCAAAAUUUCGCAGGAGUGCUAGCCCUACAAGACUGCAGUCCAAAAAAGAGGAAACAGGUAUUUCAUCCUUAAAUCCAGCAGCAAAUACUGUGAAUCUUCUCUCUAUGCCCUCCAUUUCCACAAAAUGCCUACUUCAGUCUGACAGUGAAGAUGCAUUUUUAAGCAGUGUGCUUGGUGAUUGUGAUCCAUGUAAUUCUAAUGACUUUUUAUCUGAAACUUACGAAAAUAAAAGAGAACAGAGAAUACAGAUGGUUCCUAAUACAGUUUCUGCACAAUUAAAAAAUCAGCCUUUUAAUCUAUGUCUGCAACAAGAACCUCAAAAAGUUCCAAAUGCUUCCUCAACAAAGUUAAGUGUGUUGGGUCAUAGACGAACCUUAUCAGAUGGGAACAAUUUUCACACCACAGCUAAUGGAUUUGCUCCAACCGAUGAUGUCUCCAAAUUGCCCGUUCUCUCAGUUACUGGAACUCUACAUUCUCCAUCUCUUCAAAGAAGAAGCAACCACUGUGGUAUUUCAACUGAAAAACAAAGAGCUAUGAAUAUUAUAUCAAGGCCUCGACCUUCUUCUGUUAGAAGUAAAAUUGAUUCAUGGCAGAUUCUUCCGCAUAUUAUAAAACCAAGCUCUAAAGACUCCAAAUGUUCAGAGGGCAGUACAGAUCCAGAUGUUCACCUCUUGCCAGACACUAAGGAAAGAACUAACUGCCACAUGCCCUCAUUACUUGAUAUUGAUGUGGAAGGUCAAAAUAGAGACUGCACUGUGCCUUUAUGUCGAAUGAAGAGCAAAACAUGCCGGCCGUCUAUAUAUGAACUGGAGAGAGAGUUUUUGUCUUGAGUGCCUUUCAUUUUAAAUAUUUUCUUAUUAAAGGAGAACAAAUAUAAAAUUCUUGUCCACCUAAUGCUUUAUGCUGCUGUUUUUUUUUGAUGUACUGUAACAGAUAGUACCAAAAUUAUUAAAGCGGGCAGCUAAUUAAGGAAGUGUGAUAGGGGCCUUUUUUAAAUGGAAUCCCAGCUAGUACCUCUAGAAGCACAAUACUUCUUAACAAAGUUGCUGAGCAUAUUUUGAAUGAUUAAAAUAACAUACCCAUCUCUUUCUGCAGUGUUACAUACAUUUUCUAUAAAUUUGAAUUAUUUUUCUGGAAAUUUAACUUUGCACAUUGAAAAACUGAAGGACAUAUGGUAACGUUGUGUAAAGUCAAGAAUUUAGCAUAAGAAGGAGUUAUCUGCAGCUAGCUUCUAUAUGCCUUGUAGAAUUGUGAAAGGGGUCAAGGGCUUAAGAUACCAGUAUAGAAAACUGUUCACUCCCCUUUAAUGGCUGGUUACAUUUCGGCAUGUUAUACUGAAGUUGGUUAAGGACCAGCAGCUGCAUUUGCAGUCUUUGCCCUUGGUGUUUGAGAGAACUUUCAACUGUGUGCAUUAGUUUCUUCAGAAAGUUUUACUGCUUAUGUAAACACUUGGGUUUCAGCCACUAUAUUGAUUUGAGAGAGUAAACUUUAAUAUUUUGAUUGGAUUAGAGGUAUUUGACAUGUUUUCUAAUGUGAAACAACAUUCCUUGUAGGUAAGGAUACACUGGAAUGUAAAUAUUUGUACUCUUAACUUUUUGAAGACUGCAGUGUUUGCACUGAAAAGAAUAUUCUUGGCUUGGGAUUUUUUUUUUUUUUUUUUUUUUUAUGAUGGAGAGGAUUAUGCCCUCUAGCCCCUCUUUAUUUUUUAAAAACUCUGCUGCACUUUUUUAUUGAGGAAAACAUUGGUGGGAUUAAGAAUGACUGUUUUGGGGGUUUAGGCGAUUCAACAGUGCAUUUUACUGCACGCAAAUUUUAGAGCAGUAAAAACUAAGCAUAUACAUUUUCACUGUAUAAUUACUGAAGCUUUUCUUCCUGAAGUUACUACUGGUAGCCCACUUAGAAAUUAAAAGGCAAAGAGAUGUGCUUGACUGCUUUUCAGAGAUACAAAAGUUUCAUAAAAUUCCAAAUAGUUAAUUGUGGUGGGAGGCUUAACCUUGAUUAAAAAAAAUAAAAAUAAAAAGCCUUAACAGUUUGUUUACAAUUUCACUAAGUGAAUAAGUAAAACCAAGUGUACAGUCUCUUUUAUUUGAUGAAAGCAUUUCUAGAAUUAAAGGAACAUCCUUUGUAUUCGAGUAUUUGAAAUCUUAACUUGCAUAUCUUUUGACAAAUAGCCUUCAUAAAUAAAAUUAGGUCACAUUAGAGCAACAUUUCCAUGUACUCCUCAGAGCAGUACUUUGCUGAGGCUUUUGUUGUUUGUUCUGGGGUCCAAGCAUUCAAGUGUUAAAUAGAAUACACGUUUACUUAAAAGCUUCAAAGCCAGGAGAUUAAAAAAGGAAAGUUUCUAUUUUAAGACUGGUAUGCAGUAGGUUGGUUACUUUGAGAAUGGUAGGUAACUAGACAUACAAAAUCAUGAAAUUCAAAUCACAUAGAGUGGAACACAGAUAAAUAUCACUACCAAAGUGAAAGUAAAAAGGAUUUCCUUUAAAUAGUAUUUUAAUCGAAAGUGAAGACGAAUAGAUUAGUUGUCUGUAAAACUACAUGGCUGCAUAGCAGAUUAUUACAUUUUGUUCAAACACUCUUAUUUCAGUAAUCUUAUUUCCUUGUCAACAUUAUUCAAGUUACGUGCUGUUCUUUGACUUUUCUUUAAAUUCAGUUUCAUCAGUACACUUCAGUAGAUGAAAUUUAUUCCAGUUUUGAUAAAAAAAAAAAGUGUUUGUAAAACUGUUGUGUGAUGCACAUGGAUCAAAUCUUGAAUCUAUUUUGCUAGUCCAUUUAUCUUCAGGGCAUAAUUAGAAACCUAGAACAUUAUGUGUAUUUCAACUCCAAUCAAUUACUCUGAUGCAACACUGAGAGCAAAGGAGUUGAUUGUAUUGUAUGUUUCUAAAGAAAGUGUCUCUGUUUUGCUUUCUAAAGGAAAAUCUCAGGUGCUCAACUAAUUUUGACUUAUAAACUUCUGUACUUUAAAGGUUUAUAUCACUUGUGGAAUUUUGCACCCUUCAUUUUGUAAUCAGAGUCAGCUUAAAAUGCUCUUUGUGGGCUAUAUUGUUUUCGCUUAUCAGUGGCUUAUCUCAUUGUUAAACAAAGACUUCUCUUUCUGUUCAGUGGAUAAUUUUGCUUGAGAACAAGUCAUAUUAUGACCAGCCCAGUGUAUUAUAAUUAAUUUAGAAGUAUGUAUUCCACCUCUCAAUCUGAGAGAGUAUAGGUAAGCCAUCUUAAUUAUUUUUCUUUUCUUUCGAAGCUUUACUCUAUAAAACUUUAUUCUUGUUUUUCAUAGUUUCAUAGGCCAGUCUUCACUGAAAUUAAAAAAGAGAAAAAGAAAAAUAUUGCAAUCGUGGUUUUGCAGUCUCUGUUCUACUUGCCACCAGAGAAGCUUUUAUGAAGUUAGAGCUAUCUGGUAUGCUUUAAGUAAUCUGUCUUGUUUGAAGUUAUAUUUAUUUCAAUGUAGGUUAAUAGUCUGACCAAAUAAUAAAUUAUGUUGAUUGUUUUAGCAUAAAACUGAAGGUGCUCACACUACAAAGAUUAAGAUAAACACUUGACAUGCUGUUUUACAAAACCUGAUGAUUAAAAUGUUUUUAUUUAAAAAAUAAAUGUUUUG